AUGGCGCGUAAGUCCAAAAAGAGACUUCAAAAUAAACGGAGGACACCGAAGCGCGCGGCACUCCAGAGUGUCUUCGACUGCCUGAAGUGCGAACACCCGGAGGCUGUGUCGGUGUCGGUUCGUAAAAAAGAAGGCUUGGGCUCUCUCAGCUGCACGUACUGCAAGGCGCGGUAUUCAUGUCGAGUCUGCUAUAUCUCCAAACCCAUAGACGUGUAUUACGAGUGGAUGGACAAACUUGAUGCUGACAAGACUUCGGGCUCGACGAGCACCACCACCGCCGCCACCACCACGGCGGCCACGACGCAGGUUAUUCGAAGCACGAAGGCCAAGCAGAAGCCCCAGGGUCGCUCGUUGGCUUCUGGAUCUUUGGAUAGGAAAGAGGGGAAAGAGGACCUGUCGUCCAAUGGAGAUGGCGAGUCUUGUGUUGACACUAUGUAG